AUGCUGAAGGCCACCAAGCACCUGUUAAGGCGGUCCAAGGCCGCCGAGGGAGAGUCCAAGGGCUCCCAGGAGAUGCCAGGGGAGGGCAGGCCUGGUCUGGAGCCGCACCGGGUGCAAGCCGCACCGGAAGCCAGAGGCGGCGGGCAGCCGCUGCCCGACAGCUCCAGCGGCCCGCCAGCCCUGGGGCGCACCUCUGUGGCGUCCUACUUGAAGCGAGAGGAGGUGUGCGCCCAGGCGGCUCCCCAGCUGCAGCACAGCGUCAGGCAAGCCUCCCCCCACUGCAUCGUCUGCCAGCGGCUGGCGCGUGUCAGCGCCGACCCGCGGGUGCAGGCCAGCGCCAAGGCCACGCUGCGCCGCGAGGCGGCAGAGCUGGAGAGCGUGCUGGCGCUGCGCUGCGAGGAGCAGGGAGAGGAGGAGGCGCUGCAGGGGGUCGGCAUCGAGCCAACGCCGCCACCGCAGCAGUUUGGGGCGACCGUCCGGCAGGGCAGGGAUGGCGACAGGCAGCUGGAGACGCGGCACACGGCCUGA